CGUUCAACUUCUUUUUGAUCAGCUCAAUACCGCCGAGAGCACGCAGUAAACUUCGACUCAGCUGUAAAACGUCGAUUUAACACAGAGAAUCCUAUAGGCUGAGAACAUCAAGAUUCUCCCUGUCUCCCCCCCACACACACAAGAUGGAGUCAAGCAGUGACCCCUCUGACCCGCCCACGGAUCGCUCCCAGCCCAUCCCUCAUCGUCCUAAUGGACCAGUGAUGAUGGGGUUCCGAAAUGCUAGUGGGAGGACUCCGAAUCCGUCCUCCCAGUCGGAGAGCCUGGCCUCAGGGGCUGCAAGUGAUCCAGCAGCAGGGUUGUACGGGCAGAGCCCUAACCUGCACGGCAUGAUGGGAGAGAUGGUCUGGUACAACCGCAGCAUCUCCGGGCAGGUUGAGAGCGCCAGCCAGCGCCCAGCCGGGACCCUGCCCUCCUCCCCAAAGGACAACCACAACACUGGCCGCACACUCACCUUCCGCUCCAAACGCCCCCAUCCCCCGCAGGAGGAAGGGGAGGAGCAUCACACCUCUCAUGGCUCCUCCUCUCGUGGUGGUGGGCGUGUCCAGCAUGCACCAUCCUCCUCUGAGCCACAUCAUGGCAAGGGGGGGGCUAAGGGUAUCAGAAGGAGGGGCCACUCUGAGACCGAGAGUCCUCAGAGGAAUAUCAUCAUGUCCGCUGUGCAGUGCCUUGCUGAGGAGAACAUCUGGUUUGAGAAGCCACAUUACGAUGAGGCUGAGAGACGCUUCUACGAGGGAGCCAAUGGUCCCUGCACACACAGCCAGGACAGUGCAACUAGUGUCAUCCUGCACGACAUUGUUCUUGCCCGCCAGAAUAUCAAGAAUUCCCUAGACGGAGUGAAGAUAGCCCUCCAAGCUAAAGAGCAAGGUAAAGGACACUCCCGUCCCCAGAAGCGCCAACACAGGAAUUCUUCUUCUGCCAGUGGUGACCAGGAUUUGGUGGCUCGUGUGAAGAGUUUGGAGUUGGAGAACCAGGGAAUGCAAAAAGUGGUGGAGGAUCUUCGAGCCGCCCUGCUGAAGCUUGAGUCCAGAGUUCAGGUUCUGGAGAGAAGCCCUGCUGCUCCUGUUCCCUGUGCCAAUUCUGUGAAGGUGGAGAAUGGUGGGGGUGAUGAGGAAGAUGAUGACAUUGACCUUUUUGGAAGUGACGAAGAAGAGGAUGCAGAGGCCGAGAAGCUGAAGGAAGAGAGGAUCGCAGCAUAUGCUGCCAAGAAGUCCAAGAAACCUGCGCUCAUCGCCAAGUCCUCUAUCCUACUGGAUGUCAAACCUUGGGAUGAUGAGACAGACAUGGCGAAGCUGGAAGAGUGUGUGAGGUCUGUGGUGGCCGAUGGGCUGCUCUGGGGUCAGUCUAAACUGGUUCCUGUGGGUUACGGUAUCAAGAAGCUCCAGAUCGGAUGUGUUGUGGAGGACGACAAGGUGGGAACAGACCUGCUGGAGGAGGAGAUCACCAAGUUUGAGGACUACGUUCAGAGUGUCGACGUGGCUGCCUUCAACAAGAUCUGAGCCCAUUCUCAUCUGGUCCUGUUCCGCUCUCCACUCAUCCAAAGUGUUACUGCUGCUCUUGGCUGCCAAAGUUAAUAAAAACAUUGAGCUUUAAGCACAAA